AUGAUGAAGUUCUCAAACGUGGACUUCCUGGUUAAUAGCUUGUCGGACUUGCCGACUUUCAAAACCCACGACAUAAUCGAUGGCGACAUCAUUUUUACGCCUCAUCAAGAAACCAACAUUGAAGACAUAAGCAUCACAUUUCAAGGCAUGACACGGACCGAAGUCGAGAACAUGAAUACACAUCUUGCUCUGCCCCUCAACAGGCUCUUGAAAACCUUCCUAAUCAUGGAAUUGCCGAUUUAUGACUACUUUUGGGAUACGAACACCCUCAAACCUGGCAAGAGUUAUCGAAUGCCCUUCAAGUUCGUCGUCCCCGGGGAACUUCCCAUUCACGCCUGUCAUCACCAAUGCGCCAAUCACCAAAUCCAGCAAGAACACAUGCAGCUACCUGCAAGUCUCAGUUACCGUGCUACAAACUCCCAUAAAGUUCAUGACAUGUCACCAGAAAUGGCGGAGAUAGUCUACAGUAUCAACUUUACGCUGUGGCAGCGAAAUGGCAAGGCAGGAAGGUCGAAGAAAAUCCAAGAAGCAACACAUCCUGUGCAAAUCAUCCCAACACGAAACGAGCAUCCGCCCAUCUUUGUCCCAAGUAAGAAUAAAUACUAUCAACUACAAUCAGAGAAGUCUCUGUCUACAGGAGUGUUGCGACAUGCACGUGGCAAACUCGCUGCCUGCUGUAUCCAACCACCAGCUAUUCAGUUGCAAAGUCUCCAACCAAGUACGGUCGCGUCAACUUCUCUGAAGAUUGAUCUUCGGUUUGACCCUUCUCACUUGGGUCAGUUGCCACCAACUCUUCUGGCCGCCGAAUUCCAGUUGCGGGCGAUGACUUUCUUUGGGCUAGAUGCAUGGCCAGAUUAUCCAGAUUUGACUGAUAUUUCUACAUGGGGUUCGCGGCAGGAAUUUUGGUCUGAGUAUGUGGCAUUGACAGUGAACAAGGAAACAAAAUUAGACUGGGAGGCUCAAGAAGAAGGGGACCGCACCAUCUUCACUGCAGCGAUUGAGGCUUGCGUGACACUGCCUGCCCAUAGACGAUAUCCACCUACUUUCCAUUCGUGUUUGGUGUCUCGAGUUUAUGCCUUGAAGACAACGAUGUUCUAUCGAGUCCAUGGAAAGGCUCGGGGUAGAUCAUCCAUAUCAGUGUCUGUGCCAGUCGAGAUAUGUGCAACAUGA